CAAGUCGCCGGACAAGACGCACAUGAACAUGAGCAUGAGUAUGCAGACGGACGACCUGAAGCGGAAGCGCAUCACGGGCAUCCCCAAGUUCCUCCGCAGCCUCUACCGCAUGCUCGAGACCGAAGACCCGAGUGUCAUCACUUGGUCGCACGACGGCAGCGCGAUCCAGAUCCUCUCGGAGCGCCGCCUCGAGACUGAGAUCCUACGCAAGUACUUCAACCACGAGAAGGCCUCGAGCUUUCAACGCCAGCUCAACAACUUUGGCUUCCGCAAGUGGACCAAGACGCAGUCCAACGUGUGCACGUUCAGCCACCCGAGCUUCCUCCGCACGCAGCCCGAGCUCCUUAUCCACGUCGUGCGCAAGUCGCCGCGGGCGUCACCGCAGAACGCAGCAUCGCCGUCCCACAGCGCCUCGUCCGCCAGUAGCACCCCAACGGCGACAACGACCGUCAAGAUGGAGUACACGCCCGAUGUCUUCACCUUUGACGACCACCAUCUCGCGCGAGACAUGUACCAUCAGCAGCAGCAGCACUCGGCGGCGAACGAGGCCAAGCUCAUUGCGAUCGAAUGCAUGCAAUUCCUCCCCGCGUCGUCGACGACGCUCUGCGACGUCUUUACGCUCGACGACUGCAGCUGGGACUUGCCCGAGACGACCGACGACCUCGCAGCGUUCCUGGACGACAAGCUGCUCUGGGACGGCUUCCUCUCGGCCUGUGACGCGCCAUCGUUGCCCUAGUCGCGACCAUUUCUUCUGUAUCCGUCGCCGUAUUUAGAUGCAGUUUUGCACACUUAAACCACAAAGUACACUAUUGUCUGUUGCAUCCAA